AUGAGCAACGUCAAGAGGAGAAAGGUCUCGCAUGGCGUGUCCAAAAAGGCGUGCGCCCCCGAGCCCAGUGCACCCGCCGCCUCUGUCGAAGGGUCGACCGAGGAAUCGGCCACGCUCGACGGCGUACCGGCCGAGGAGCCGGUCGAGGCCCAGAAGACCUUCAAAGACCUGGGCAUCGUCGACUCCCUCUGCGACGCCUGCGACGCCCUCAACUACAAGCAUCCGACGCCCAUCCAGGAAAAGUCCAUCCCCGUCGCCCUCGAGGGCCGCGACAUCAUCGGCCUCGCCGAGACGGGCAGCGGCAAGACGGCCGCCUUUGCCCUACCCAUGCUCCAGGUCCUGCUCGACAAGCCCCAGCCGCUCUUUGGCCUUGUCCUCGCCCCGACGCGCGAGCUCGCCGCCCAGAUCGGCCAGGCUUUUGAGGCCCUCGGCUCCCUCAUCUCCCUUCGCUGCGCCGUCAUUGUCGGCGGCCUCGACAUGGUUCCGCAGGCCAUUGCCCUCGGCAAGAAGCCCCACAUCAUCGUCGCCACUCCCGGCAGGCUCGUCGACCACCUGGAAAAGACAAAGGGCUUCUCCCUGCGCACGCUCAAGUUCCUCGUCAUGGACGAGGCCGACAGGCUGCUCGACAUGGACUUUGGGCCCAGCAUCGACAAGCUGCUCAAGUUCAUCCCGCGCGAGCGCCGCACCUACCUCUUCUCGGCCACCAUGAGCUCCAGGGUGGAGAGCCUGCAGCGCGCCAGUCUGCGGGACCCUGUCAAAAUCAGCAUCAGCUUCAACAAGUACCAGACGGUGGCGACGCUCAUCCAACACCUCCUCUUCAUCCCCCAGGUCAGGAAGGACACGUAUCUCAUCUACCUCGUCAACGAGUUUGCCGGCAAGUCCACCAUUGUCUUUACCCGCACCGUGUGGGAGACCCAGAGGGUAGCCAUCCUGCUGCGCACGCUCGGCUUCGGCGCCAUUCCCCUGCACGGCCAGCUGUCACAGUCGGCCAGACUGGGCUCCCUCAACAAGUUCAAGUCCGGCACCCGCGACAUCCUCGUCGCCACCGACGUUGCCUCGCGCGGGCUCGACAUUCCAAAGGUUGACGUGGUCGUCAACUACGACACCCCCCAGGACUCCAAAACGUACAUUCACCGCGUCGGCCGCACAGCGCGGGCGGGCAAGGCGGGCGUCGCCCUGAGCCUGGUGACCCAGUACGACAUUGAGCCGUUCCAGAGGAUAGAAGCCGCCAUGGGCAAGAAGCUGGACGCGUACCCGGCCGAGAAGGAAGAGGUCAUGGCCUUCCAAAACAGAGUCGAGGAGGCGCAACGACACGCCAGGGUGGAGAUGAGGAACAUGGCUGACGCCCAGAGCAAAAAGGGCCAGCGCGGCAAGGGUGUUGAGAAGAGGCGACGAGAUAACAUGGAUAGAGAUGAGGGUGCAUAG